AUGCUCUCGCUCCCCAUAAACUGGUUACAUUACAGUUGUUUGGUGUUUACUAUCCCUAUCUGGGCGGGCAUACGCUACAUGCUAAGUGGCUGUCUUCGUUAUGUAGCUAGUCGCACGCCAUGGGCAUCAGCACAUCCUGUUGCUAAAGGAAAAGUGGCAGAGUCUGGGUUUUAUCUGAUUCAGUAUACACUACUGUACUGGUUUUCUCACGCAUUGAUAAAGGAAAGAGGGAUACAGCCAUACCACUUUGAAGCCUUCUUCAGCGACUAUCCUCUCAGGCUGUCCUUCUCUGCUAACGUGCACAAGUUCUUUAUCUGUCAGCUUACGGUAUACUCUGUCAGCUUGCUUUUCUUAUUCUCGGAGACAAGGAAGAACAAUAAAGACUUUACAGUGAUGCUAGCACAUCAUGUGAUUGCAUGUACAUUGAUAGUGGCAGGAUACUCCUUCCGCCACUACAACUUUGGGCUGAUACUCGCAAACCUCCACGACGUAUCGGACAUUUUUCUCGAAGCCUCAAAGAUCAUCAACCUCACCAUAGGAGAGCCCUGGUCUUUGGUGACCUUUGUGCUCUUUGCCUUGACCUUCUUCAUUGCUAGAAUAGUUGUUUACCCCACAUACCUUAUAAUACCGCCGAUAGCAGGAAAGUGUGACUUCCUGGUUGAAAAGAGACUAGGAGCAGGUCAGAACUGUGGAGAGACAAAACUACACAGGUGGGGGUUCUAUGGUGUCCUUACGAGUCUCUAUGUCAUAGACGUAUAUUGGAUGGUGAUGAUAAUUAGAAUGAUAGCAGGGAUUUUUAGGCUUGAGGUUCGAGGAGAUGUUCGCGACGAUCAAGAGAACACCAUACGCCGGAUUGAGAAGGACAAGUAG